AGCUCCCCACCUGGUGACUGCCCUGCGCCCCGCCCGCCGCCCCUCACGGCGGGGUCUGCGUGAAUUCCUCACCUGGGGGCGGCCUGCAGGUAAAGCGCAGCAAUGGCUGCUGUUUAUUCGGGCAUUUCUCUAAAACUUAAAAGCAAGACAACUUCCUGGGAAGAUAAACUAAAACUAGCUCACUUUGCUUGGAUUUCCCAUCAGUGUGUUCUUCCAAAUAAAGAACAAGUAUUACUUGAUUGGGCACGACAGUCAUUGGUUGCGUUUUAUAAGAAAAAACUUGAACUGAAGGAAGACAUUGUUGAAAGGCUUUGGAUCUAUAUGGAUAACAUUCUACAUAGCAGAAAAUUGCAGAAUCUCCUCAAGAAUGGAAAGACAAUUAACCUUCAGAUUUCCCUCAUCAAGAUCAUCAAUGAGAGGAUGGCUGAGUUCGCUCUCUUGGGAUCUCAGAGGAGCAUCUGUGUUGUGCUGAGCUGCUGCCAGGGUAUCCUCUCGACGCCCGCCCUUGCUGUCAUGUACACGGCCAGGCAGGAGCUGACGGUCGACCUGCUGAGCCAGCUGUGCUGGUCGGCCUGUAGGCAGCCGGGAGCCGUGAUGCCCCAGUUGUUCGAGGUUCUUCACCUGACCCUCGGCCUUUACCUCUCGAUUCAGCGGCAGCAGGUCAACCCGAGACGCGCCUUUGGGGAGGUGACCACACACUUGCUCCAGCCCUGCCUGGUCCUGAGACACUUACUCUUGGCAGGCACAUGGACCCAGGCUGGCCAGGGCCAGCUGCGGCCGGCGCUAAGCCGGGACAUUAGGAGUCAGAUUGAGGCCGUGCUUCGAGGUGGAGCUUUUCAGGCCGAGCUGCUCCCUUCCUACAAAGAGGAGCUCUUGGACCAGCAGCAAGGAGACACGAAGAUGGGGGCCAUGAAGAAUCUCCUAGCGCCCCUGGGCACCGUGAUGGCCAGGCUGGUGGAUGCCGGCUACUGUGAACCGUCCCUUCAGGCUGCUGUGGUGGCCAACUCCGUGGCCUUGCUGUACAAGCUCUUUGUAGAUUCUUACCUCAAGGAGGGGAACCGGCUGCUCUGCUUCAAGGUGCUCCCUCGGCUGUUUGGUUGCUUAAGGAUUUCCCACCUGCGAGAGGAGCAGCUGCAGGCCCUGUCUGCGUCUGAUUGGACCAUGGAACUCCUGGCCUUGGAACAGCUGCUAAAUUCAGUGGCCGGUAGUACCAUCUACAACAUUGCCACUGACCGAAUUCGCCACGGGGAGACUCAGUUCCACUUCUACCGCCGUCUGGCCGAGAUGCUGCUAAACCAUCCGCAGGCCCCCGUGCCAGCCUGGUUCCGCUGCCUCAAGGUUUUGCUGUCUCUGAAUCAUUUGAUUCUGGAGCCAGACCUCGAUGACCUGUUGGCUUCAGCUUGGAUCGAUGCAGAAGUCACAGAGUUGCGGACCCAGAAAGCCCAGGAGGCGCUGAUCCACACGCUCUUCCAGACAUUCGCCAAGCUCCGGCAGGUGCCCCGGCUGUUCAAGGAGGUGCUGGAGGUGAUCUGUCGCCCCGCGGCCGAGGCACUCAGACUGCCCGUGCUGUCUGCGGGCCCCGCUGCUGUGCUCCGCGAGUGCCUCCCGGAUCUGCCCCCGAACCAGGUCCUGGACGCCUGGGCCCUCAUCCUGGAGAGGUUCCAGUCUCUGGUCCUGCCUGAUUUGCAGGGUGACAUGGACAUGGCCCUGAAGUCCCUGUCACUGAGCUCACUGCUGCACUGCGUCAUGGUCCACGCGCGGAGCCUGGAUGGCGACUCGCCCCUGCCUGUGGUCAGGCGCACGCGGCGCACCAUGGACGAGACGCUGCGGGGCCUCGUGAAGCCCCUGCUGGACCUCCUCUGCAAGCCCCAGCCCCCGGUGCCCGAGCCCUGGCGACAGAGGGUCCGUGACUCUGCGCUCCUGCUCGCCCACACCUGGGCCCAGGUGGACACCGUGCUGGGCUUGAGCUGCGACCUGUAUCGCUCUGAGCCCGGGGCCCUCGCGGGCACCGCCCUGGAGACCUCGAGCCUCCCCCCGCUGCUCCCGGGCGUGGAGGCCAGGCAGUGGAAGGAGAUAGAGGAGUUUGCGGCUCAGUCCGACUCCCUCGGCAGGUACUGCUUGGAGCAGCUCCACCUGCAGAGGAUGAAAAACACCUUGCUGCAAGUGAGCGUGCAGUCUGCAGAAGCCCUCCUCGCUCUGAGGCGCGAUGCCGCCUACAUCCUGGGCUCCGGGAGAGCGAGCCUGACCCGGGGGACGACGGCCUCCUGGGACGGCCAGGUGGGGACAGUGAGUGCGCUCACCUACCCCGUCGCCCACUGGCACUUGGUCGUGUCCAAUCUCACGAUCUUAGCAUCCUAUCUUUGUCCAGAUGACCUGCGGUACCUGGCCGGCGUCCUGCUGAGAACUUUGCCAAUGAGCAAAGCCCAGGAAGGCCCGGCGGCGGAGGAGCCAGACAUCACACUUGAAGAAAUAUCGAAGGCCGUCCUGCACAGCCCUGUCCUCCCCGAAAUGCAGUCCCUCCACUCUGCGCUCUUACUGCGUGUGACCACGAGCUGCGCCGGCAUCCUGUGUGCCGGCGCCCAGAGGGGCCCUGCGCUUCUCCGCCAACAGCUGCCCUGGCUUUUUGAAGGGGAUGAUGUGGUCGUGGCUCACGGGGAAAGCAGAUUUCCAGAGGUCGGAUCUGAAGGUGUAGAGCCAAGGGGAGGAAUCGCCCAAAACUUCCUCUCCUUGGCCAGGGGGGACUCCCCCGUCCAGCUGGAAGGAGAGCAGCUGGAGAGCAUCCUUCGGCUUUUGGAGGUUCUUUCUGCUCUGCAGCUGGACAGCCUCCCGCCCCCCCACCAUGUGCAUUGUGUUCUCCUGCUGCUGUCCGUGGCCAGCACCAUGCUGGGCAGUUCUUGCUCCCCCUCGCUGACCCUCAGGUUCUUGAUGACGUGCUACCGGCUUCUCGGUUACCUGCAGAGAGGGAAGAGCGCCCAGUCGGUGCUCAGGGUCAUGUACGUUAGCGACAUCUUUGAGAUCACGCUGACCUACUUGUUCAAAGCCAGUAGGAGGUUUCUUGUGGAUGUAGAUGACCCCUCUUGGCUGGAAUUCCUCCAGGUGGUGGGGACAUUCUUAGAACAGCCGCUGCAGAUGCUCCUCCAGAGGAAGCUCAGCCCGGGGCUCAAUUUUGGGAAAAUCCUCACGUUCCUCUCGAGGUCCCAACCGCGCCCUGAAGCAACUCCAGGCAGACGGUCGGAAGAUCAGACACCUCUGGGCCAGCAGCUCCUUCUGGUGUCCUUAACCAAGCUGUGCCAAGUGCUGGGGCCUUUGGUCAAGGAGCAGAAGCAGCACGAGGCCCUGGAAGCACCGCGCGAGCUGUUGCAGGCGGCCGUGCUGCAGGCGGGGGCCGUGCUCCAGCUCUGCGGGGCCCGGGGCCGCCGCCUCCCGCCCCUCAUCCUCUCGUCGGUCGCCUCGCUCUUGGAGGCCGAGGUGGCCCUGUGCUCCGGGCAUGGCGGGACGGAAGUUCCCGGAGGGAAGGACCACGUGCUGCUGCCCCAUGCCGCCCUCUACCAGGCUGUCUACUCUCAGAUCCUGUCGGAGUUCCCGGCUCUAGCAGGAGACACCCCAUCUCUCCAGGCAGCUGUGCAGUUUUUGACUCUGUUCUUGUUAGCCCCAGAACUGCACCCCCAGAAGGAGUCUGUGUUUACCUCCGUGUUUCAAUCUGUGAGAAAAGUCCUUGCAGAUCCUGCGAUUCCGGUUCAGGUAGUUGAGGAGAUAGAGCCUCAUUUGGUAGCCUUGUUCACCCAAAUGUUAGAGGUUGGGACGACAGAGGACUUCCGGAUGGCGCUGCAGAGUAUCCUCCAGGGACUGGACGUCAGUAACAUGUGGACAGCAGAUCUGCAGGCUGUUUUGUCGGCUGUGACGUUGGUCAAGUUGCUCUUGAACUGCCCAUUUGGUGGCGAGAAGGCCAGUUUGUUCUGGCGUGCGUGCCCACAGAUGGUCGUGGCUCUAAUGCUGCAGACCCGAGAGGCUUGUCGGGAACAGCCCGUGGCGCCGGCACUGGUUGGGCCCGUCUUGGACGUCCUGGCUGCGCUGCUGAGGCAGGGGGAGGGGACCAUCAGCAACCCACACCACGUUGGCCUGGCCUUCGGUGUCCUGCUGGCCGUGCCCUUGGAUGCCCUGAGGCCCCCCGAGUAUGGGCGCGUCUUCCCGCGGGUCCACAACGUGCUCUUCUCAAUCCUGCAGUGUCACCCGAAGGUAAUGCUGAAAGCCAUCCCUUCUUUCUUGAACUGUUUUCAUAGAUUGGUGUGUUCAGUUAUACGCGAAGGGCGGCAGAAAGACAAAGGAAGCGCAGAGGACCUGCCAGUGGUGCUGGAGUGUGCCCGCCUCGUCGAAAGGAUGUACAGCCACAUGGCACUGCGGGCCGAGGAGUUCAGGGUGUUUUCCCCCUUUAUGGUGGCCCAGUAUGUGAUGGAGGCGCAGAAGGUCACCUUAUAUCCGGCGGUGAAGGACCUCCUGCAGGAGGGCAUCUACCUCAUCCUGGACCUGUGCAUCGAGUCCGACAUCCAGUUCCUGCGGGCCUCGCUGCAGCCGGGGGUGCGAGACGUCUUUAAGGAGCUGCACAGUGAUUACGUGAAGUACCACAAGGCAAAGCAUGAGGGAGAGAGAAGAUACACCGUCUAAGCUGCGCACGGACAUGCAGCCGUGGCCCCAGGUCCAAGAGAGCUGGAGGAUGCAGGACUUCAGAUGCUUGAAUUCGCGGCAUUGAAACACGUGGAAAAAAUCCUUUGGAGUUUGUAUAAUAUGUAUUGCAUUUUACAGUUAUUUUUUCACACUAUUUCUUAACAUUUUUUUUAUGCAGUAAGUAUUGCAAUAGAAUCCUGAAAAUAGAUCCUGAAUUCAAUAAAAUUUGCCAGAUCUCCCUUGUGGCCAUUCCAAAUGUGGUUCUUGUCUCGGUCCAGUGGUUUGGGGUCCCCUCUCCCAACUAGGAACUAUGUAGAACUUGUUGUUUUCACUUCAGGUACAUGGGUGUGUAAUGAAGCCCAAUUGAAAUAUCUUUGCCUUUUACGUUCUUCAAGAAACAUGGGACGUAUUCUGAAACACCGCUUUUCUGCCCUCCCUCUGAGCGCAUCUUCUGAUGGAGCUGGGCAAGUCAGAACAUGGGGACUCUGUGGGCUGGAUGGCCGCUCCGGGCAGGGAUGGUGGCCCCUGCUGUGCGGGUGGACGCUCGGUGGGAAGGUGCUGGGCCUGGGGCUCCGUGUCCUGCCUGCUCUUCCUUCCUGCUUCCACUCUGGGGAGUUCAUUUUGGAACUGUAUUCUUUUUUAAAAUUUAAUUUAAUAUUAAGAAAUGCUCUUGUUUUUUUGUAUUGCCUAAGUAAUAUAUUUCAUUGUAGCAAACUCAGAAAAUAAAAGGGAAAAAAUUUAAAAAUACCCCCAGUCUCAGCUGUCCAGACAGCCACCGUCAUCUGGGAGGGCCUUGUUUCUGUCCCUUUGCAUAUAUAUAUGUAGAUGAGUAUUU